AUGGCGGAACAACAACCGUCGUCUUUCCAUCAGUUCGUGGGUCCAUCAAAACCACGAUCAUCGUCGUCGAACAAGAGACACUCCUUCGCCGGCGGAGCUACACAUCCCACAUGCCACCGUCUCUUCCCUUGUCAGUACUGUCCUCGUAAGUUCUACACCUCUCAAGCUCUCGGCGGUCACCAAAACGCACACAAACGCGAACGCGCCGCUGCUCGUCGUAACCUCGGCGUCGUCUCUCAUUCUUCUCCGUCAAACCUCGACGACGCUACUUUGUAUCGUCCUUAUCCUUGUUUUUACCCAAACCCAAUUCAAGGAUCCGGUUCGGAGAUCGGAAUCUGGAACGGAUCGGGUCAGCAAACGGUGAUGAUGGUGAAUGGGUACGAGUACGACCCGUAUCCUUAUGGGUAUCCGUUUGGGGUUUCCGGUAACGAAAACGGAGGUAUGGAGGAAGAAGAGACUCUCGAUCUCUCUCUCCGUCUUUGA